GUGUGAGUUUACAGGCGUGCAAUAUACACCCUACCUCUUAAGUAAUAUAAGUGGAAGGCGCAAGUUAGUUCACCAUUGGAAUAGCAGAAGCAGAUUGACGGGCGCAGUAGUGGAUGCAGCCAAAUAGAAGAUGGCUUGACAUGGCUGGCUUUGGACGGCAGAUGAAGUCACACGCACGCAAUAUACACAUACACAUUGAACAGAACUGGCCCAAGAAGUCUCAGGAUUGGGUGCUUUCUAGAUUCCUAGUCAUGACCUUUCUCGCCCUCAAUAUGACGACAGUCAGGUCCGGCUCUCCAAGAUUUUGAGCUGGAGAGAAUACUUUAGGUUGGCAAAAUUGAUGGCGCAAACCGCCUGAGUCGCGAUUCAACAGAACGAACUUGGGGAUUGGAUGGGGUUGGAUUUGUUCAUUGACAUUGGCCUGCCCUACUUCCCUACUUUUUCGUUUAAUCUUUUUGAGGCUCGUGCUCCAGGAUGAGCGGGGGAGCAAGGAACUGAAAGGAUGGGCAAGGAUUGGUCUGCGUUGGUGCAGUGCACGGUAAAGGUCGCGCAGGACACAAAGCACCAGGUGUUCAGCUUGCGGGAAGGCACUGUUGUGCGAGUUGGGCGAAGUGCUGCUAAUGAUGUGGUCAUUGACAGCGAUGGUGUGUCACAGUUCCAUGCCGAACUGUUCAUCCGUACUGGAGCGAAAGGAGGGGUCAGCGGAUUGUGUAUCCGGGACAACUCGAAGAAUGGAACAGGUGUCCGGCCUGCGCCUCACGGAGCCACGUCCAAAAUGUCCAAUGUUGACCCGUUUGCCUGGGAAACUCUGCAUCGUGGGGCGUUUCGAGUCCUGGAAGAUGGAUGGGAAGUGUUGCUUCCUAUGCGAGCACGUCGUGGAGGCACUCCUGAGAAGCCGACGUUCAAGCUGUAUUUGGACAAGGUGUUUGCCGGAGAGGAGGAGGAAUUGGACGGGGAAGAAUGGAAACCCUUUGAGGAGAAUUCCCAUGCGAACAGUUCCCCGAAGCAGCCCGACAAGCAGGAAGCCAAGCCGCCUGAGCCAAGGCCUCCGCCACCUCCCGACCUGGACGGUGGAGCCUUUGAGGAGCCCCCACCGCCGCCAGUACCACAGGAAGCUUCAGCAGAACAACAUCGAGCCUCAGCGCCCUUGCCUGGCAUUCCUCCAGUCCCCCAGGAACUUAUGGAAGAACAUGUGAAAGCCAGGAUGCAAUGGAUGGGCAUAUCCAGAAAUGCCGAAACCGCCUUUGGCAACGAAAGGAACGGGGAAAAACACUUUGCAAGCUGUGAUCCUGACGCUGAAGCUCAAUCCUGUAGCCGAAGCCCAGAGCUGGCUCAGCGCCUGUCACAAAGUCCGAAUUUCGAGCAAUCAGAGUCUAAAUUGCCGAGAAGGUCGCCGGCUUUGCGGUCCACAAGCCCAAAGCUCACACAAGAUGACCAAACAAACCCAAUCCGACCAGUUCUUGAUCCCAAAGUUGCGGCUGCAUGGGGAUUGCCGAUCAUUACGACCCCAUUGUCACCAAGAAGUCCCACAGGCCACAAAGACCAUGCAAGGCAGCCGGGCUCACAGAAUCCGAAGAAGGCGAGGAAGGCGAGCACACGGCCUAAUGAAGAAGAUUCUGAGGUGGCAGGAGAGCACCACAGCAAAGCUCGGAAAGAGGGCAAGGCCAAGAAGAAGAAGAAGAAGAAGUGGAGCAAGAAAGAGCAAAGGCAACCGCCAGAACAGCGCAAGGAUCUUAAAGAUCAGAAAGCAAAGAAGUCCACAAAGUCCAAGGACAAGAGAAAAAAUACGACUACAGAACAUCGUAGAUCACAGAAGAAGUUGCUUGACCUUUGUGACCAGGAGGAUGGGUCCGACGAUGCUACACAGAUUGCAGACGAUGAUUCUGAUAUCACGCAGAUUGGGGACAGCGCUGGUUGAUGCAGAUUGUUCUUUGUUUUUCGUUUUGGCCUGGGCUGCAAACAUGCACAAAGUUAUGCAUGUGGACCUGCUAGCAGAAUAAUCAUAGGAACAUCCAA